GCAGUACUAAGCUUGUCUUAUCGGUGGAGGCGUGCUCAUUUUCACUCCGCUUACACAGUAACUUCUACCCAGGAAAAGCAAGGGAAAGUUUCUCCCACAUCGACGACGAAGGCGAUGGGGGGAGGGACGAAGAGAGGCGGCAGCGCGGUUGAUGAGCCGGAGGAGAAGUCAAGCAAGCGUCGCAAGAUCUGCAACGUCGCCGAGGAAGACGAGCUUCCCCUCGCUGUCUUCUCCCGCCUACCGGCUCGCGACGCCGCUCGUAGCGUCAUACUGUCCAAGCGGUGGAGGGAGAUCUUGACCGGCGUCGACUUUUGGGUCAAUCAGUACCAUCGCCCGAGCCCGGAGGUAUGCCUAGCCUAUCUCGACCGCGGCCAGAGGCCCCUCUUCAAGUUCAGUCUCGACGGGUUCGAAGGAAAGCACGCCUUUCAUUUGGUUGCCGCUGGUGACACGUUUCCAAUCUCUCACGGCCUGCCCGUCGCCGGCACCGAGCUUUCGUACAGAUUCUUUGGCUCUUGCAACGGCCUUGUUGCCUUCGAGCAGCUUGGGCUGAGCGAUUCCUGUAUGACAUGUCUCGUGGUCAAUCCUGCAAUGUCUCAACACUUGACAGCUCAGCUCUUAGAUCUCAGCACAUUGUCCUGGAUGCUCGCCUUCGGGUAUGAUCCUAAGGAAGAUAAGUAUAAAGUGUUCGUUCAGUGUGGCAGUGAUGUAAAGGUCGUGCCCCUGACCCUGAGCGGCACCGACGGUAGCAAGCCUAUGACUGUUCUAUCUAAUGUGGCUGACAAAUUCGAGGAAUUCCAAAAGAACACUUAUUCCCUGUGCAUUGAAGGAUUCUGCUAUGUUCUGCUAUCCCCCAGGGAUGAAGUCUGCACCGAUGGUAUUGAGUCUCAAUCCAAGAAGGAAAAGCUUCUUGCGUUCCAUGUGCAGAGGGAGUCUGUGACCUGCAUUGAGAUGCCAGAGGAUGGCACCCUGUUUUCAGGCAUAAUGGAGAUGGGUCACAGUGUAUGCGUUGCUACUUUGUCUCGCGACCGCCCAGAGAUUACUUUGUCUGUACUGAACUCUAGUCUUUGCUGGGAGCGGAUGUGCUGUUUGAGCGUCUCACCACCAUCACCGGGAGGAAGGGCGCCUGGGCUGCUUGGGGCCUGGCAGUGCAAACGACGCCUCGUGCUUUGGUUCCGCGAGCAUGGUCUUGCAUUCUACAAUCUCAGUCUGGAGAAUCUCGUUGAGGCCGUGCACGAGCGCACACAUACAUUUAGCUUGGAGGGCUACCAAGAGGAGAACAAGAAGUUACUGCAGCAUCUUCACAAGCGAUACCAGUUCUGCUGGGGAUACCGGCCAACGCUUGUUCAGCCCGGCAGUGUUAUCGGCAAGGUGUGUGUCACCAAGGCGGAAGACAACAUUCUUGCUUCUAUAACCUCGGGUCGGGUUGUCGCAGAGGAGCCGCAGAUGGAGUUGCUCCAAACUGUGGCGAGCGCUGUACUCUCCUUCUUAGGCUGACGAUCGUUCAUGUUCAUGUUCUUGUUCUUGUAGUAGUUUAUUCCUCCUAGACUGAAACCGUCUGCUUAAUUUAUGUACCCAAGUGUGGAGACACAAUUAUUUAGAGUUUGAUGAUCGCGUUGUGAAA